AUUAAAACUGGAGAGGACGAUUUUAGAUUCUUUAGAUUUUACUUAGUUUUAACUUUUGUAAAUUAAUUUUUAUUAUGGCUGCCUGUGAAACAAAAGAGCAAACCAAGAAUAGUAUCACAUUGAAAGGCUCAGCUAAAAUUAUUGUAGAGUAUUUAGAAUUUGGAAUCAACAAUAUUUUAUUUAUACGAGGUAUUUAUCCACCUGAGUCCUUUAAGCCUGUACAACAGUAUGGCUUGUCAAUUCUAAUGUCUCAAGAUGAAAAAAUACAAGAAUUUAUUAAGGCUGUUAUGGGUCAAACCAGAGAUUGGUUAGCACAAGAUAAAGUAAAUAAAAUUACAAUGAUAAUCAAAAAUGUUGCUGCAGAUGAGACUUUAGAAAAGUGGGACUUUGUUGUUGAGAGUGAAAAUGCUGAUAAAGAAAAUGUAGAUGAUAUGAAUAGAGUUGCAACAAAAGAUUUAAAAGUUAUUCAGAAAGAAAUUCGCGAUGUUAUGCUACAAAUUUCAGCAACUGUUUCAUAUUUACCACUGUUGGAUUGCAUUUGCUCUUUUGAUGUUUUGAUUCACACUAAAGCAGAUUGUGAUGUUCCAAAAGAAUGGAGUGAGACUAAGGCUGUUGUUAUUCAAAACGAGCAAGAAGUUCCCUUCCGAUCAUUCUCUACUGGGCUACAUAAAUUAAGCACUGUUGUUCAUUAUAAAUUAGACUUAUGAGUCUUAAUCAAGUUUUGUAUGAUAUUUAGUUUUAUAAAUCUCUUUUUAAUGCUUAUUACAUUAUUUAUAUAUAAUUUUAAUAAACAUAAUUUUAUU